AUGGGUGCUCAGUUUUCGCAGUUUUUCCCGCCCAAGCCGACCUGGACAGAAGCUAAGGUGGGCUCGCAGGAUGGAAAGGUGUUUAUUGUGACGGGUGGUGCUUCUGGCAUCGGCUUUGAACUAGUUAAGAUGCUGUACGGGAAGGGAGGAAAAGUUUACAUCGUUGGACGGUCGAAAGAGAAAGCACAAAAGGCGAUCGAGGAGAUACAGGCUGCUAUACCGAAUGGUGGAAGCCUGGAGUUUCUUCAUCUCGUGCUUGACGACCUGAGCACUAUCAAGGCAUCUGCCGAAGAGUUCAUGGAGAAAGAAUCCAGACUCGACAUUCUUUGGAACAACGCAGGCGUGUCCCAAACUCCUCUUGGAAGCUUAUCCAAACAAGGGAUUGAACUGCAGCUUGCAACAAACUGCCUGGGACCCUUCCUAUUCACACAGCUACUUCUCCCCCUUUUAGAAGCCACAGCAGCAACAUCUACUCCAGGCUCAGUGCGCGUUAUCUGGACGGGCAGCCAAAUCGUUGAGCUGUCUGCUCCCCAAGGUGGGAUCAUUAUGUCAGAGCUUACAACACCUCCAAAGGAUCAAACUCGAACCUAUAUCACUUCUAAGGCCGGCAACAUGUUCUUAGCGUCAGAGCUUGCUCGGCGAGUUGGACCUUCUCAUAACAUUAUAAGUGUUUCGCUCAACCCUGGAGCUGCCAACACAAAUCUCCUCAGGCACAGUCCUUGGAUGAAAUUUCUAGCUAUGCCAUUGCUAUACAAGCCGAAACUAGCCGCCAUAACUGAGCUGUUCGCUGGAUUGUCGUCAGAUGUAAACCUGGAAGAAAACGGGUGCUACAUCAUACCCUGGGGUAGAAUUUCCCGGUCAGUGAGACAGGAUCUAGUUGAUGCGUCCAAGUCAACAGAGGAGGGGGGAACGGGAAGAUCACAGGAGUUUUGGGAAUUUUGUGAAAAGAAAACUACGGACUAUAUGUAA